AUGGAGGACCAGGAGUCUUUAUUGGGUCACCGGUCGAAUGAAAGGUCGGGCGCAAGUAGUAUUGCUAAUGCAUACCAAUAUGCUUAUCGACGAACAGGUUGUUGGAGAGCAUCUUUGAUUGUACCUUGCUUAUUUUUAGCUACACUUUUUCUGACUCCAUUAUACACGAUGAAUAACAAAGUACAACCAAAAACUAGACAUAUGGAGUUCAGAAAUGUAGUAGGAUAUUUUCUACAAGAUGAUCAGAAUACAAAUUCGGAAACCUUCAAUUACACUGAGUCGAACUUUGGCUUGAAAGAUCGUGUGUAUGACACGGAUGCAGAUUUCGACCCGGAGAGACAGAAGACUCAAUGGGAAAGAUUCGAGAAUCAUGUUGUGAAACUCAACAAUCAAACUCCCAAGAAUGUUCAGUAUAAAGUUCUUUACUUGGGGCGUCAUGGGGAAGGAUAUCAUAACAUAAAAGAGACUGAGGUUGGAAAAGAAGCAUGGGAUUGCUACUAUUCUCACUUGGAUGGAGAUGAAAAUUCAACCUGGGCCGAUGCUCAACUUGCUCCCACUGGUGUUGCCCAAGCUCUGGUGGCCAACGCUUUCUGGGAGAAACUAAUCACCACACAAAAGGCAUCUCCACCACAAUCCUAUUACGUCUCACCCUUGACGCGUUGCCUCGAAACAUGUUCCCUUACGUUCAACAAUCUACCACUUCCUCCCACCUCCCCUCCAUUCACCCCCAUUAUCAAAGAACUUCUCCGUGAAGGUAUCUCCUCUCAUACUUGCGAUCGACGCCGCUCGAAAACUUAUAUCCACGCUCUCGCCCCUACUUGGAAAUUUGAAUCCAAUUUCCCAGAAGAAGAUCCUUAUUGGCGCGCCAAUCACUCAGAAACCCACGAGACAGAGAAUAGAAGAUUCAAAGCUCUCCUAGAUGAUCUAUUCACGAAUGAUAAUAGUACAUUCAUUUCACUCAGUUCUCAUUCUGGAGCUAUCAACACUAUCUUACGAGUUAUCGGCCAUAGAACAUUCUUCUUGAAGACAGGAGCUGUAAUUCCAGUAUUGAUCAAAGCACAGAAUGUAUUGGGAGAAGAUCCAAAUCCAGUUUACAAAGGUCCAGAGUUUGCGAAAGAUCCGAAAGUGUGUUCAGCGCCUCCACUUCCAAUUGAUACCCCCAAGCCAGUCAAUGAUAUCGGCCUCCAAAAACCUGAGGACGUUAUUCCUCCCCCACCACAGCCUCCAGCUCCGGAGCCAGCUACUCCCGCCGAGCCAAACCCUCCCACGGAUCCAUUACCACCCGCAAAUCCAAACCCUCCCGCCGAACCACUUCCCCCUGCUGAGCCAAACCCCCCUACCAACCCAACACCACUUAUAGAUUCCGCAAUCCCAGCAACAGUGGAAACGAAUCCUCCUCCCGCCGAAGAAAUACCUUCUCAAAAUGUCGAAGUCAAUCCUCCAGUCGAACCAGCUCCACCCACAGAUAUAGCUGUGAACCCACCCACAGACUCAAUCCCACCCCCAUCAAACGACCCUCCAGCCAAUACCCCCAUCGAAGCAAACCCUCCCAUCAACGCAGCUACCUCAGCAGACGAAUCUCUCGAGGCCGCCAAACCCAACCCCAUACUACCCGUUGACCCAGCACCGCCUAUUCCAGGAGAACUUGGCACGGGUGAUGGGAUAUCUUCGUAG